GGCAGUUUCCCGUUUCCUUCGAGUUGACCAUUUGGGUUGCUUCUGAGAGGUCAACUUGACUGGCCGUCAAGUUCAGCCACGGCCCAAGUCGUUGUUCAGUUCAACUGGUGAUGAAAUGGGGGUCAACCAGUCCGUGGGCUUUCCGCCUGUCACGGGAUCCCACCUCGUAGGCUGUGGGGAUGUGAUGGAGGGUCAGAGUCUCCAGGGGAGCUUCUUUCGACUCUUCUACCCCUGCCAAGAGGCAGAGGAGACCACAGAGCAGCCCCUGUGGAUUCCCCGCUAUGAGUACUUCACUGGCCUGGCUGAUUACCUGAAGUUUAAUAAGCGCUGGGGGGCUUUGCUGUUCAACCUGGCUGUGGGAUCUUGUCGCCUGCCUGUUAGCUGGAAUGGCCCCUUUAAGACAAAGGACUCUGGAUACCCCUUGAUCAUCUUCUCCCAUGGCCUGGGAGCCUUCAGGACACUGUAUUCAGCCUUCUGCAUGGAGCUGGCCUCCCAUGGCUUUGUGGUUGCUGUACCAGAGCACAGGGAUGGGUCAGCUGCAGCAACCUGUUUCUGCAAGAAGGCCCCAGAGGAGAACCAGUCCAACGGCAAGUCACUGGAGGAGGAAUGGAUCCCCCACCGUCAAAUUGAGGAAGGGGAGAAGGAAUUCCACGUUCGGAAUUGCCAGGUGCAUCAGAGGGUAAGCGAGUGCCUGAGGGUGUUAACUGUCCUGCAAGAGGCCGCUGCUGGGCAGACUGUCCUCAACACCGUGCCUGGCGGGUUGGAUCUGAUGACCUUGAAGGGCAGCAUUGACAUGAGCCGCGUGGCUGUAAUGGGACAUUCAUUUGGAGGGGCCACAGCUAUUCUGGCUUUGGCCAAGGAGACCCGAUUUCGGUGUGCUGUGGCUCUGGAUGCUUGGAUGUUUCCUCUGGAACGUGACUUUUACCCCACGGCCCGAGGCCCUAUAUUUUUCAUCAAUGCUGAGAAAUUCCAGACAAUGGAGAGCGUCAACUUGAUGAAGAAGAUUUGUGCCCAGCAUGACCAAUCCAGGAUCAUAACUGUCCUUGGUUCUGUUCAUCGGAGUCAAACUGACUUUGCUUUUGUGGCUGGUAACUGGAUUGGUAAAUUCUUCUCCACUCAAACCCAUGGGAGCUUGGACCCCUAUAAAGGUCAGGAGACUGUGGUGCGGGCCAUGCUGGCCUUCCUGCAGAAGCACCUUGACCUGAAAGAGGACUAUGACCAAUGGAACAACCUCACUGAAGGCAUUGGACCAUCACUAACCCCAGGGGCCCCACACCAUCUGUCCAGCCUGUAGGCACAGCGGGUCAUUUGUGAAAGGUCACUGAGCUGAGUUCCCAUUUGGGGCCUGCCCAGGGACACCCACGUCCUCCUAUCAGGAAGUGGUCAUCAUGACCCUUCUGCACAGACUGAGAGGAUGUAAUCACACUGCUGAUUGGAUAACCGGGUACUUGGAUCUUGGACUUGUUGAUCAUAAACUCACGUUGGGACUUGGGUCACUCACUGAUUGGCAAACUGACUUUCUGGGGACUGAGCCCUGAUGGUGUGGGGAACAAGCAGUGGGAUGGGGCGAGGGAGGACCCAAGCCCCAAGCUGAGCACUGUGAACGCUAUUAACCCAGCCAGCUGACUCCCUCAUCUUGGGCCAGUGUGGCUUCUGCAGUGGGAGAAAUGGAGCCAAAGGAUGGAGGGAAAAUUCCCACUGUCCGGACCUCUAGCCCAACCUGGUGCUAUCUCUUCUUCCCCCUCCACCUUCUCCCUCCCCAGGGCUGCUUGGGGAGUUCUAAACACUUUAGGUAGCUUUCUAGGAUAUGGACCACCAUCAGAUUUUCUGUUUAUUUUCAAGCCUUCUCACUACAUGAAACAUAGUCCCAGGCAUUUAGUCAGGAUGAAGUUAUACUUGUGAGCCCGUGGGAGGGGCAGAGAGCAUUGUCCUGAUAGCAUAAGGAGAGAGGCUGAGGGACAGCGGGUACCUCAGAAGCUCUGGAUGUCUUAGAGUUUUGCUGAAAAUGUAGCUUGACAGGAAACAACACAAGUAGGUUGGGGUGGAGAAGGGAGAAUAACAGUGUUAAGUAGCCAUUUGAUCAGGCCCUCACCACAAAAGGGAGGGAGUUUGAUCGGUUCGAAUUCAGGAAGCCACCCCUAGAGAGAAGUCUUAGGGACACUUUGGUCUUGCCUCUUACCUCAGAUAUCGUGAGCCUCCAACUUGCUCAGAAUCAGGGUGCUGUAGUUGUCUUCUGGCUCUGAGGCCCUAGUCUCAAAUUUAAGUCAAGAUAUAGGUUGAAUUUCCAUUCUGUUCCAUUUAUAAUAUGAAUGAUAUUAAUACUCAUGUUUGCC